AUGACGGAGGUUGAUCAAAAAACGGAUGAGAAGAAAGUGGUUCCACAGGACCCGGAGACUGUGGAAAAGGAGUUGGAGGAAGUUGGAUUUGUGGCUCCUCCAGACGGUGGAUAUGGUUGGGCAAUCGUCGUCUCCUCUUUCCUGCUCAAUAUGGUCGUUGAUGGUGUCAUCUUCACAGUCGGAAAAAUCUUACAGCCAUCCUGGGUGAAAGGAUUCAACAUCAGUGAAGCAUCCGCUGCCAUGACCAUGUCGAUUCUCUCCGGAUUCUAUUUCUUCGUUGGACCAGUCGCUUCCGCCCUCUGCAAUGUGUUCGGAUGUCGUCAAGUCGCGCUUGCUGGCUCUGUCAUCGCCGCUGUUGGAUUUUUGUUAUCCAUCGCCGCUCCAAAUAUCUACGUUCUCUACCUUACAUUCGGUUUGGUCGCCGGAGCUGGAUUCGGAAUGAUGUACCUCCCAGCUAUCGUCAUUAUCUCCCAAUACUUUGCUAAGAAACGUUCUCUCGCCACCGGAAUCGCUGUUUGCGGAUCAGGAAUUGGAACCACCGUGUUCGCUAUGCUGAAUGACGUCGUUUGGGAGUUUGUGAAGCAAGAUUGGCAGCAAUUCUUGGUCUACACAGCAACAGUGACCAUCUCCGGAUUCGCCGCAGCUCUCCUUCUCCGACCAUUAAAAGCAAGCCAGGACCAAAUUGAAAAAGUGGCGGAGAUCGUGGAAAACUACGAGGAAAACAAGGAAAAAGUGCCAGAAUCGCCAUCGCUAAGCAAGCACAACACCCCAUUCCUAAGCUCGUUGGAACUUCACACCGCUGGAAAGCAUGCUAAUGGAGUGCAUCGCAACGGAUCAGUCAAAAGCAUAAUUGAUGCAGUCGCCAAGGAUGUGGAGGAGCUCAAUCGCCCGCUGGCUCGUAUGGAUAUCUUCUACACUGGGUCCACCACUAAUAUCGCUGCUAGAAGCCGCACUGGAACCAUGAACCGCGAAGAAGCCGCCGAACACUUGAAAAACCUCCGUGACAAUUUGAAGGAAGAUACGCCACUCCAAUACUUGUCGAAGUUGGAUCUCAAUGUCGCUGAAGACGGAACCAUCCAACAUGUCGAAGAGAAAAGUGUCAUGAGAGAUAUUGGAGCUGCUUUGAAGAAUCUUCUGGAUAAACAACUUCUAGCAUCUCCAUCUUUCUUGCUUUUGGCCUUUUCUGGAACUUUGACACUCUGCUGCUUCUACGUACCAUUCAUCUAUCUUGGAAACCAUUUGGAUAAAAUCGAGGGCCUCACUGUUGCUGAAAAAUCUUUCACUGUCUCUCUUAUCGGAGUUCUCAACAUUAUCGCUCGUAUCGGAUGCGGAUACAUUGCUGAUCGCCCAGAAGUCUCCGCUCUUCAUGUCAACAACAUCGCCCUUAUUAUGGCUGGACUUGCUACCAUGACGGUGCCAUUCUACACCGCUUACUGGCAAUUUUUGGUCUUCUGCGUUCCAUUCUCUAUCGGUGUCGCUUGCUUCGCUGCACUUCGUUCGGUUAUUGUCCUCGAGUUGAUUGGGUUGGAGAAAAUGAGCAAUGCUUUUGGAAUUCUUCUAACGUUCAUGGGUGUUGGAGCAGUUGUAGGAUCCCCAAUGGCCGCCGCCAUGAAGGAUAUCACUGGAAACUUCGAUACAUCUUUCUAUGUUAUGGGAGCAUUGAUGGCUAUCAGUGGAGCUAUGUGUAUUCCACUUGGAGCUCUCCGCAAAUGGGAACUCGCUCGUGCAACGAAAUCUGACGCCAAGACAGAAGUCGAACUCCAGAAGCUCACGGACGCCGAGCAGAAGUAG